AUGCAGAUGCACGAACAGAUCAUGAUGGUCGAUGGACAGGAGCAACCAAUCUCUAGGACUUACCAGUACAGAAAGGUGAUGAAACCUAUGCUAGAACGCAAACGUCGAGCACGGAUCAAUCGAUGCUUGGACGAGCUCAAGGACCUGAUGGUAACAGCCCUAGCUGGUGACGGUGAGAACGUCGCGAAGUUGGAGAAGGCAGACAUUCUAGAGUUGACUGUACGCCACCUUCACAAACUUCAAAGACAGCAAAGGCUCUCUGCUAACCCGGUGAUCGACGCUGAUCGCUUCAGAGCUGGCUACACACACUGCGCCAACGAAGUCAGCCGUUGCUUAGCCGCCACUCCAGGCGUCGACGUCGCAUUGGGAACGAAACUGAUGACCCACUUGGGUCACAAGCUGAAUUCCAUGGACAAAACUGGACCUCUGACCAUCCACGUGGCAGCACCACAAUCUUCACCAUCUUCGAGCAGCGAGCUAAGCUCGGACGAGUAUUCGAUGCCCCUAACUCCAGCCUCGAGCCAACCGUCGCCGGUUAGAACAGACAUCGAAGGAAUGUCCCAGAGUCACCAGGGUCUGCUGCAGGUCGCCAAACCUAACGAGCCUAUCUGGAGACCGUGGUAG